AAAAAAAGGAGAAUUCCGAUGGAAAUAUUUUGCUUAUAGCUUCUUUAUCAGAGGUAAAUAUAAUGCAGAUAAAUAUUUACUUACAAUUUUCAUUUGAGGGCAUGUGCAUUUGUUGGUAUGUGUAAAAAAUUCCAACCUAUAUAAAGGAAGAAGGAAAUAGUCCAAAAACCUGCUUAUUUCUAGGAAUACUUAAGGGGGGUCUACAUAAAGCAGUGCUUCUGCAUCUUGCAUAAAUUAUGGACCCUUUUUUUCUCCAAUUAUACAGAAACCUAUUUCAGAAACCAGUCUUAGAGAGUAGAGUUUUAUUCUAUGAAUAAUAUUCCAUUAUUACUGCCGAUAACUUUUGUAUUUGGAAUAGUGAUGGUUUAUUUUGAAUUAUCUAAAUGAGACCAAAAUGAAACUUGAUCUAAACUUUGCCCUUGCUUUGCCAAAGCAUCAUUAAUUUUCAUACCUGCUGAACAUUGUUGGAGUAUUAGAAACAGGCUCUUCCUGCCGUCAGUAAUUGUGAUGGAUCUUAAUUGAGGUACAUUUGAAGAACAGUCCGGUGACAUUUGUAUUCACCUUAACAACGUUAUUAAAGACAUAGGUUACUCAGUGUCUUCCUUCUACUGUUACUCUCUCUCUCUGAGGCUGUCUGGGUUCCAUGGCCACUUUCCUACAAGAUCUUUCAAUUCCAUGUGUGUUCCUAUCUGCUCUAAAAUAAGUGCUGACCUACUGGACAGGUAGCAGUGAUCUGCUUCCCUCACACCCAGGCAGUUUUCGAGUGAAACUCCAUCCUGAUUUGUAGCCUCACUGUCAGCGUGCAGGUGUUUGCUCUUCAGCAACUUCUGUGCUCCACGUUUAGAGAUGCUGUUUACGUCAGCGGUUUGAAGUAUCCCGUUGUAUGCCUUGCUCAAGGCUUAGAAUGUACACUUAAAAAUUCUGCAUUUCUUUGUAAAUUUCAUGGCAAAAGAAUCUUUAAAAUUACUGGGUUAAGGAUAUAUUUGCUUUAGUUUUUAGAGGAGCACACACAAAUACCUACCACUUACUUUGAAAUGCGUCAAAAAAGGACAGAUGGAUAGAUGAAUAAGUACAUGAUUUUAAAAAAUAUAAUAAAAUGUGAACGGUAGAAUCCAGGGAGAGGUUAUGUUUGAAAAUUUUCAAAUUAAAAAAUAAUCUUUGAAAAUAAGCAGAGGCCAUCUUAUAUUCCUUAACUGGAAGUCACCCAAAUGUCCAUGAAGAGUAGAAUGGGUGGGUAAUUCGCGCCAUAUUAGCAGAGUGGAAAACUGCAGGGAAGGAGUUAUCUUCUACAGCCCAAGACCAGAACGAAUCUCACAAGCAAAAUGUUAAACAAAAGAAGCCAGAUAUUUAAAAAAAAAAAAAAAAAAACUCUAGGAUUUCAUUUAUGUAGAAUAAAACCAGGCAAAAUUGACCUAUGCUGUCAGAAGCCAAGAUUGUAUUUAUACUGGGAGUAGACCUUGCCAAUGACCCGGAGCGGGGACUCUGGGAACUAGUGUAUCCUCUUGUUCUGGGUGCUGGUUCACAGAUGUGUUCAGUUAGUGAGAAUCCAUUGAUCUGUGCACUAAUUGUACAUGCACUUUUCUCUUAAUAUGUUGCAUUUUAAUAAAAAGUUCCUGAACUGAAAUAAUAAUAGUUCCCACCUCACAGUAUUAUUUUGUAGUUUAAACUAAAACCCAUUAGAAUGUAAACUCCAUGAGGACAGUCAUUGGAAUCUAUUUUUUCACUACUAUAAACCCAAGACUAGAGCAUGUCCUGGUAUAGACCAGAUAGUCGAAGCAUUUUUCAUGAAUGAUAAUUCAGCACAGUGCUUCUCUAAUCACCUGCCACAGCAUACAACCUCUCGCAACAUUAGACUUUACAAUCAAUAACAUUAUUCUAUCACUGCUCGAGACAAUUAAGGCCACUUUUCCCUUUAGCAGUGCAGUCUAGACAACACUGUUUUCACAUCAGGGAUCCAUUAAUUCAUGUACCUAAGUUCAUCCCUUCAUUUGAUCUACAGUGGUAAAGAAAUCAAUGGCCACCAAUGAACUUUACUCCAUGGACUUACAUUGGGAAAUUAACAUUGAAAAUUUACCCUGUUUUUUAUGCAGCCUGAGUUAAUUAUUUUGCUGCUGUUAUCGUUGCCCUCAUCGGUGGUCAUGUUCUUAUUGGACUGUGGUGUGAAAAGUACUGUCAAUUAAUGUAGUUGUGUAUUUUUAGUAUUAUUCUGAACUGUUUUAAAUCAAAUAUAUGGCUUGUUACAAAGGGACUUAGAUGUUGUAAAUAAUUAACUUUUUUCAGGAGACGUAUUGUGUACUUAAUGAGGAGUCCCUAGUACUUUAGAAUGGUUAAACCCUUUAUUAAGCACACCAUAGAAGAUGAGGUCGAAAGGCUUGGCUCUGAUUAUCAUAUUAAUCAUCUCAGGAGAACUCAGUGCAGAAGAGAAACCCUGUGGUCUUCCAAGUGUGGAAAAUGGAAGGAUUGCCCAAUAUUACUAUACUUUUGAAAGUUAUUACUUUCCAAUGAGCAUAAACCAAAAUCUGUCAUUUUCCUGCUUGGCUGGUUAUACAACUGAAACUGGGAAACAAGAGACCCAGACCACGUGUACGGCAGCAGGAUGGUCCCCAGAACCACGGUGCUUCAAAAAAUGCCCUAAGCCUGACCUGAGGAACGGUUACGUCUUUGACACAAAAUUAUUUUACAAAAUUCAAGAGAACAUGCGUUAUCGUUGUGCAUCAGGGUACAAAACCACAACAGGGCAGGAUGAAGGAGUGGUUCAAUGCCUCCCUGUUGGAUGGUCUUCUCAGCCAACCUGUAGGAAGGAACAUGAGACAUGUUUGGCCCCUGAAUUACAUCACGGAAAUUAUUCCACAACACAGAAGAUGUUCAAAGUGAAGGACAAAAUACGAUAUGAGUGUGCCUCUGGGUACCACACAGCUUCCGGGAAGAGGACAGAGGAGGUGGAGUGUCACCCGUACGGAUGGGCCCUCACCCCACGAUGUGCCAAAUUAAUAUGUUCUUCUUUAAGAUCAAUAGAAAAUGGUUAUUUUCAUCCUGUGAAGCAAACCUAUGAAGAAGGAGACGUAGUUCAGUUUUUCUGUCAUAAAAAUUAUUAUCUAAGUGGAUCUGAUUUAAUUCAGUGCUAUAACUUUGGUUGGUACCCAGAAUCUCCUGUCUGUGAAGGAAGAAGAAAUCGAUGUCCCCCUCCCCCUGUGCCUCUGACUUCCAGAAUCCAAAGGUACUCAACCACUUAUCGUCACGGAGAAACAGUGCGUAUAGAGUGUGGACUUAACUUUGAGAGGCAGGGAUCAGAAGAGAUACGCUGUGAAAAUGGAAAAUGGACAGAACCUCCCAAAUGCAUUGAAGAAAAGCAGAGGACGGGCUGUGAGGACCCGCCCUUGGUUGAGAAUGCUGCAGCAAACCUAUCCUCCAAGGUCUAUUAUAAUGGGGAUAAAGUGACAUAUGUGUGUGAAAGAGGGUAUCACCUCCGGGGACCAGAAGAAAUAACUUGUAAACGUGGAAAAUGGACCCUUCCCCCUGAGUGUGUUGGAAAUACUGAGAAUUGUAAUUCUCCACCUGAUAUAAUAAAUGGAGCUGUUAUUGGUGGAUUAUUAGCAAGCUACCCAACAGGAUCCUCAGUGGAAUAUAGAUGCAAUGAAUAUUACUUAUUGAGAGGAGCAAAAAUAUCUCAUUGUGAACAAGGAAAAUGGUCAUCCCCACCUGUUUGCUUAGAGCCGUGUACAGUUAACAUGGAUGACAUGAGCAGAAAUAACCUAGAGAUGAAAUGGAAUUAUGAAGGAAAGAUCCUACAUGGAGAUUUAAUAGAUUUUGUAUGUAAACAGGGGUAUGACUUGUCUCCAUCAACUGCACCCUCUGAAUUAUCGGUGCAGUGCAACAGAGGUGAAGUGAAAUAUCCUUCAUGUAUUAGAAAAGAAUCUAAAAGAACAUGUGCAUCUCCCCCAUUUAUUAAAAAUGGAGUUAUUAAGAGUUCAACAGUCAGGACCUAUGAAAAUGGUUCCUCAGUGGAAUACAGAUGUUUCGAGCACCAUUUCCUACAAGGGUCUAAGGAGUCCUAUUGUUUAGAGGGAGUGUGGACUACACCACCAUUGUGUUUGGAGCCUUGCACAUUAUCUUUUGAUACAAUGGAAAGUAAUAAUUUGCUCCUGAAAUGGAGUUUUGACAAUAGGCCAUAUAUUUUGCACGGCGAGUAUAUUGAGUUUCUUUGUAAGAGAGAUACUUACAUUGAGUUUCCUAUUAUCGGAUCGGAAUUGAGAGUGCAAUGUGACAGAGGGCAGUUAAAAUAUCCAAGAUGUAUUCAAAGAGAAAGGAUGUUGUCUUAUCAAGAACGCUUAAGAACAUGAAAAUGAAUGGCAAAAAGAAGAAUAACAUUUUGACACAUCAUAAAAUCCUUUAUAAAACAUAAUUGUUAGAAGAAAAAUGUUGAAUUAAAAACCUCUGAUUUUUUACUUGCAUGAAGAUUUGAAUCUAAACUGUUUAUGCUGGACAUUUUCUUUAUUUAUAAAUAAAAGCUACACAUGCUAUUGUUUCACUUC